UUGACAACUCUCUCUCUCUCUCUCUCUCUCUCUCUGCAAUGAGCUUAAGCUUCACUUCUGUCCUAGCAGCAACCGGUCUCGGUUUUUGUAUAAUUUAAUUCUAAAACUCCGCAGGCUCUGUGAGCGAAAUGAGAAAAGGAUCACGUGUUCCUCGCCAGCAAAGCAUAUCCGUGAGGAAGAUUUUCAGGUGUCUCUUGGUGUUGAUUAGGAGAUCCAUCAAAUUCUUAUAGUCGUAUCCUCUCUCGCCAUUGGGUUUCCAAGAAUAGAAAGUCCUAUGAAUGCCCCGAGAUAAACUAGGUUUUAGGUUUAAUUGGAUCUAGCUUAUUAUAUAUUAGUAACAACAUAUCAUUAAGAAGAGGAGGAAGAAGAAUGGUGAGAACGCCAUGUUGCAAAGCAGAGGGACUGAAGAAAGGAGCAUGGACCGCCGAGGAGGAUCAAAAGCUCAUUGCUUAUGUCCAAGAACAUGGUGAAGGCGGCUGGCGCACCCUCCCCGAGAAAGCAGGAUUAAAGAGGUGCGGAAAAAGUUGCCGAUUGAGAUGGGCCAACUAUCUAAGACCCGAUAUCAAAAGAGGAGAGUUUAGCUUCGAAGAAGAAGAGACUAUCAUCAAGCUUCAUGCUAUAAAGGGUAACAAAUGGGCGGCAAUUGCUCACCGCUUGCCAGGACGAACAGACAAUGAGAUUAAAAACUAUUGGAACACUCACAUCAAGAAACGCUUGAUCAAAAAGGGUAUCGAUCCCCUUACCCAUAAACCGAUCAAUUCGACCGACAGGGAAACCGGAACAACCGAAUCUCAUCAUAAACCAGCCGGUUCUUCCAGUUCGGUUAAGCUCCUUAACCGUGUGGCCUCAAAGCUCGCCGUCGAUCUCAACCGGAAUCUUCUAGCCGGAAUCAUCAACGGAAUCUCCGACAAGGCAGAUUCUCCGAACGGAAAUUCGUCUUCCACCAAUGCGACAACGACGACGUAUUCCAAGUUUCUCAACAAGAUGGCGACCAAACCGGAUGUUCUCAAGUCGAUUUUCGCGGCGAGCGAGAACAAUGUCUCUUUGUCCGCCUCCACAUCUUCGGGAUUCUCCGAAGAAUUUCUAGAAACUUCCAUGCCGGACUCUGAUUUCAUGCAGUGUUUGAUCAGCACACCAAGCGGAGAUCAGUCUCUAGUCGACGAUCGUCGGCUCGAGUUCGGUAAUUUAUUCAGCAACGAAGAGAUGUCGGACAACCAUAUGAUGAGAAUGGAUAACGUCGGGUUUAUGGAGGAAUUAAAAAACAUUAUCGGCGAGGAUUAUAUCAAAGAUUCUCCUGAAAUUACAUCUGGAGAAGAGUUCCCACGUUUUUGGAACUACGAGGACAUGGAGUUGGAGAACAUCGUCCGUUCGUCGGAUUCGCCGGUUCGUGUUUUAGUCUGAGCAAUCUUUAUUAAUAAUUUGUGGAACAUUAAAUCAAUUUUAGAGUUGAUUUUCCUUGGCCUAGAUUGGAUCGAUCUGUUCCUCGUCAGAGUUGUCUUUUAGUUUUUUUUGUCUUCUGUCGUUUAUUGGUGUUGUGCCACGCGGUGUGUAAUAAUAUCCGGUGCGUUAAAAAAUA